AUGCAGCGUGGGCGACUGCCGGGAGGCGUUGGCCGUGCAGAAAGUCCAUCAGCUCUUCUUUACGGCCGAUUUCGCCAGCGCAGGGAGCAGCAGGAGCCAACCAAGGAUGUGGCUGACAUCGUGACCGAGCUGCUUUCACCUGCACAGCAGCCGUCGGCCGCCCGAAGCUCUGCACGGGUCCUCGAGUGCCUGGAGGUGGCCCUCGCAAAGUUGGACCGCGAACCAGCCUGGAGGCUUGCUGGUAGUGGCUUCUUCGAUCGGACCGUCGGAUCGAUGGUCGCGGCCAUCUUGGCAGAGAUUGAGGCUUUUCGUGCGGAUCGCCCCUGGCUGGCGAGCGGAGUUGAGGCGUUUCAAGAGCGACUUCAGCAAUUCACGUCGCUUCAAGCUGAGGAGGAAGCGAGGUGGAAGGACGAAGACAUUCUCAGCUGCGCCAACCUUGGGACAUUGGGCUGUUGUGAGCGUUUGGCACUGGUGGAUUUUUGUCAGCAGUUGGAGAAGUCGAGGGCAGAGCUGCAAGAGGCGGCGCGCUGCCAGAGAAUUGAGGAGGACCAGAUGCAGACCACACGCGCCACGCUUCAGGCCCUCCAGCAGCGUGCACAUGAGGCGGAGGAAAUGCGCCUCCAGGAACAGCAAAGGCAGCGUGAGCAGCUCCUCGAGUACAAGGAUGGUCUCCGGCACCUGUUGGGAAAGCUGAGGGAGGAGUAUGACCAAGACAUGGCCGCACUCAAGCAGGUGCAGGAGGAGGAGCAGAAGCUGGAGUACGCGCACAAGCUCACGAUGGUCGAGGUCGCUGACCUCUCCGAGCUGGAGGAAGCGCUUGCAAAGCUAGAG